AUGCUUGGCUUUUCAGGGUGGGAUCGCGGGAAUUGCUUCCUUGUCGUUUUGUGCUUCCAGCUGGUUGAAUACGUAAGAUUGAAUAUAAAUUUAUUUGGAUUCCCAUUCUUUGACUUCAGACUAACAGUUUUAAUAUCCAUUAUCAGUGGCUCCAUGUCAUCAUCUUUAUAAUAUUAAAGUCUGACCGUUUGCAAUAGUAAUCACUCUUCUAGUUCUAAAAAAGUGGCUCGAUAUUAUCGUUACACUAAGUUUAGAAAAAUUGAGCAAAUGGACAAUCAAAUGGAAGAAUUGACUAGUAUAGCUGUCGCAGGAGAAGUCUCGAACACAAAUGAAAGGGGACCAACGGAUAAGUUCCGGCUUGUUUUUUCAAUCAUUCUACUGAAUGGAAUCGGCGUGUUGCUUCCUUGGAACAUGUUCAUUACAAUUGCUCCACAAGUGCGGUUCCGCGGAUUUCAUUCCUCUUAAAAACUAUUUCAGUAUUACGUUGAUUAUUGGUUUACGGUGAACGGAACUAAAACCGGGUACGCGGAUAACUUUAUGUCGGCAAUGGGAAUUGUAGCUCAAGUACCUAACUUAAUUGUUGCUGUUAUCAAUGUUCUGAAUAUCAUUCAAGGACCUCUUUUAUACAGAAUAA